GAAGGCCAUGGAGGCAAGAGCGCGGUGGCGCCCGCAUCUUCUCACGCCGCCGCCGCCGCCGCCGCCGCUGCUGCUGCUGCCGCUGCUGCUGCUCUGCGGAUGGGAGCCAAAGCUGGAGGUCAUGAGUGGCCAAGGGGGGGACCCAACCCAUGGAAAUUGGGUGCCCAGGGUGGAUGAGUGGACAGGUUCUGAAGGUCAGACAGGUGAGUGUUCCCCAGUGGGCGGCUGCAAUGAGACCCGCAUGCUGGAGUUGCUGCCCUGGUGCGGGGAGGCCUUCGCCAACAUGAUGCACAAGGUGGAGGUCUGGAAGCGGUGCAACCUGUCCGAGUUCAUCACGUACUACGAGAGCUUCACCAACUGCACCGAGUCGAAAGCCAAGGUGGUGGGCUGCUACUGGCCCAACCACCUGGCCCAGGGCUUCGUCACCGACGUCCACAGGCGGUUCUUCCACAACUGCACGGUGGACAGGCCGCACUGGGAGGACCCCCCGGAUGAAAUUCUCAUCCCGCUCAUUGUCGCACCCAUCCUGCUGACCCUCGCCAUGACUGGCCUGGUGGUGUGGCACAGCAAACGCACCGACCGGCUGCUGUGAGAGGGCCGGGGAGCGGGAGGCGCCGCGCCUGGAGAGACGGAAGAAACUGCCCCAGAGCCGGGAGAGCCGGUGGACACUGCUUCGGCUGCCCCCCAACCCGACCUGGGCAGCCGUGGGCUGGUGAAAGAAAACGUGCCGGGGGCUGGGGCUUUGUGUGCCGGGCACAAAUCGCCGCUGCUUGGCCCGUGCAGCCCCAGGCUGGGCUGGGGUCUCCGGGGUUCCCGGGUUAUUCCUUAGCACGGGCCCCAGCCCGGGCCCGACCCGGACCCGGACCCCACCUCCCCACUGACUCUACGCCUGGCCCCAUCCCAGCCCUGGACCUUACCCGGCCCCUGCUCUGACUGCAAUCCGAUUCCUGACCCCACCCCCAGGCCCUGACCCCGCCCCCAGAGUCUGGCCCCACCCCUGACUCUGACCCCACCCCAGACUCU